AUGAGUGCCAUCGUCGUUCCAGAUCACACAACCAACCAAUCGCCAAAAAAUGAGGAGAAGGAGGGAACUGGCAAGAGCAGUGAAGGCUGGCCAAAAGAUAGCAUGUGCUGUGGUGGAAAAAUCGCGGAGUUUCUUCAAUAUCACAGCAUCAUCACGAAGGUAACAGGGGAAGGCGGGUGUCUGGCUCAAACUCCUGUUGAAUAA